AUGAUAUUAAAAACCGUCAUCUUCUCCUCGUUACUAGCCGUGUGCUACGCUGCAAACAACGACCGAUCAUGGACCACCGACGAGGGCGUCAAAAUCGAGAUUAUCAAGAAAAUCGGCGACUCAAAAUGCAAAAUCCGCUCCGAGUCCGGCGAUCAACUCGAGCAAUUCUACAAGUUGUCUGACAAGGAGGGAAAAGUGAUCGGAAGUAACUUUGGUCAGAAACCGUAUACAUUCACUUUGGGUAAAGGAGAAGUGAUUCAUGGAAUGGAUGUGGCCAUGGAGGGAAUGUGCGUCGGAGAGCAGCGGAAGGUGGUGAUUCCACCAGAGCAAGGAUUCGAUGACGAUGGAGAGGAGGUUGAGGGAAAAGGAGACACCCUCUACUACUUCGUCGAGCUCAAAUCAAUCUUCCGUCCAAAGCCCGGAGACAAGUGGAUCACCGACGACGGCGUUCACAUCCAUAUCACCCACGAAGUCGAGGGUUGCACCGAGAAGGCCACCGCCGGAGACACCCUCCAUCAACAGUACACACUGUACCUCGAAGAUGGAACAUUCGUCGACUCCAGCUGGAGCCGCAACCGUCCAUUCAUCUUUAAAAUGGCCACAGGACAAGUGAUAAAGGGAAUGGACGUUGCGAUGGAGGGAAUGUGUCAAGGAGAGCGGAGAAAGGUGGUGAUCCCUCCAGAGCUCGCCUAUGGAGAGAAGGGAAGACCGCCAGCAAUUCCAGGCAACGCCUUCCUUCAUUUUGAUCUACAACUCGAGAAGUUGAUUCGACCAGGGAAGGAGGAGUUGUAG